UUUCUCUUCUCUACUGGACUGAAACUGAAACUAAAACUGAAACACUUCUCUUCCUCUCUCUCUCUCUCUCUCCAAGCUCGCUUCCACGAAUCGAGAGUUGUACAAAUUCGCUUCUUAGGGUUUCUCAUUUCUCGAAUUUCACUUCUAUGGAGAGUCUAUGAGCGAAAUGGCGGCUAGCUCCGCAGUCUCUCUUCUCGAUAUCAAGCCCCGACGAUUCGGCGUUAAUCAUGAAUUGCGCCUAACGAAGUGGAAAAGGAAAGUCCUUUGGUUCGAUGGUGAUCAAACGAGAAGAUUUAGGUGCUUUGCAGAUAUGUUGGCACCGAUUCGCCGCUCUGAGAAGUCGGAGGAACGGCGUUUCGAUCAGAAGACGAGUGCCCACGGUGCCGGAAUCAAAACUUCAUCUUCUGCAGUGCCAUUUGCUUCUCCAAAAUCUCGAUUUGUGUCCAAGCAAGAAAAGUUCUACCCUCGUUGUACUCCAAGGCUUACUGGCCCUCAGUCCCGUGAUACUCCGCCUAAACGAGACACCGGGAUUGCUAAUGAAAAGGAUUGGGGCAUUGAUUUGUUGAAUGAGAAUGUGAAUGAGUCUGGCACUAAUGAAGAUGGCAGUAGUUGGUUUAGAGAAAGUGGACAUGAUCUGGGAGAUAAUGGUUACAGAUGUAGGUGGACAAGGAUGGGUGGUCGGUCUCACGACGGCUCUUCUGAGUGGACUGAAACGUGGUGGGAGAAAAGUGACUGGACUGGAUACAAAGAAUUAGGUGUGGAGAAAUCUGGUAAAAAUGCUGAGGGUGACACUUGGUGGGAAACUUGGCAAGAAGUCCUUCAUCAAGAUGAGUGGAGUAAUCUAGCGAGGAUAGAAAGGAGUGCACAAAAGCAAGCAAAAUCAGGAACCGAAAAUGCCGGUUGGUACGAGAAAUGGUGGGAAAAGUACGAUGCUAAAGGGUGGACAGAGAAAGGAGCACAUAAGUAUGGUAGACUAAAUGAGCAGUCAUGGUGGGAGAAGUGGGGGGAGCAUUAUGAUGGAAGAGGAUCUGUUCUCAAAUGGACAGACAAGUGGGCUGAGACAGAGUUGGGGACCAAAUGGGGAGACAAGUGGGAAGAGAAAUUUUUCAGUGGGAUUGGUUCACGUCAGGGGGAGACAUGGCAUGUAUCACCUAACAGCGACCGUUGGUCAAGAACGUGGGGAGAGGAACAUUUUGGAAACGGAAAGGUUCACAAGUACGGAAAGAGUACGACAGGAGAAAGCUGGGACAUAGUCGUGGAUGAAGAAACAUACUACGAGGCUGAGCCACAUUAUGGGUGGGCAGAUGUGGUAGGUGAUUCAACACAGUUGCUCUCGAUCCAACCCCGAGAAAGACCUCCAGGUGUCUAUCCGAACCUCGAGUUUGGCCCAUCUCCGCCUCCAGAGCCCGACCAACCCCCUGACCAACCACAAUGACAUCGCCUCUGUUUAGCUUAUUAGCAUUAUUAUAGCCUUUUUGCUUUGUCAUUUUUCCGAUAUAUUUAGAAUGUUGUGAAUUAUGGGUUUAUAUGAUAUAAUUCUUGAUCCAUUUGAUCCAACGUCCAUCUCUUGGAAUCUUUUGCUCAAGGAUUAGUCCUCUCAUGUCCUUAAAUGAUGCUGAUUAAUCAAAUAUCUUUAGUGUA